GCCUCCACACACCAUAAGAAGGAGAGUUUCGUGGGUUUUGUCUACAUACCUUUCUUCAGUUUCACAAAUCCCAUCUUCUUUGUUUCAAUUUCCCUCUCACUAAUUUCCUUUUGCAAUUAACAAGAAGUAGAUCGAGUAGCAACAAAUUCAAUUCAAUGUCAAACUCAAACAUCACAAGUUGUGAUAGUUGGAGAUUCUCUACAGAGAAUAAUAUUAAUAGUGGAGAAGAUGCAGCAGUAGCUGUUAAACAGCAAUUGGAGAUGCUUGGCCAGUUACAUAGUCCAAAUUCAAACACAUCAACCACAACAAAUAAUAGCAAUGGUAGUGCCUCAAACACAGAUUCACAACCACCUGCUAAGAAGAAAAGAAACCUACCAGGAAAUCCAGAUCCAAGUGCUGAAGUCAUAGCUCUAUCACCAAACACCCUAGUGGCCACAAACAGGUUCGUAUGUGAAAUAUGCAACAAAGGGUUUCAAAGGGACCAAAACCUUCAAUUGCACCGACGAGGCCAUAAUCUACCGUGGAAGCUGAAACUGAGAACCACGACUGAUGUUCGAAAACGGGUUUAUGUUUGUCCAGAACCCUCAUGUGUGCACCACAACCCAGCUCGUGCACUAGGUGAUCUUACUGGCAUUAAAAAGCACUUUAGCAGAAAGCACGGCGAGAAGAAGUGGAAAUGUGAGAAGUGCUCAAAGAAAUAUGCUGUUCAGUCUGAUUGGAAAGCCCAUUCGAAAAUAUGUGGAACAAAGGAAUACAAAUGUGACUGUGGCACCAUCUUUUCUAGAAGAGAUAGUUUCAUCACCCACAGAGCUUUCUGCGAUGCACUGAGUGAGGAGAACAACAAGUUCAACGAAGGACAAUUGCCAAAGAUGCAUGGUUCAAACUUGCAACCACCAACAAUAAUCCCAAACCUAGUUGCAUCAUUACCAAUCAAUGGCGCCAAUAAUCACAAGCACCCACUAUCACUCCCUCACGACCUCAUGACAACAAUUCCCGCAAAACCCUUUAACAACAACAUGGCUGCAGCAUUCACGAGAAGCCUUUCAUCCACCUCUCAACUAAGCUCAAAAUCACCAAACAUUAACAUGUUCGAGGAAAAUGGUCUCCUUUCACCUCACAUGUCCGCCACAGCAUUGCUCCAAAAAGCUGCAGAAAUGGGUGCAACAGUGAAUAGUAACAGCAACAACAACAGCAUGAUGAUGAGUGGAGAAAAAAGCUUUAUUAAUGUCACAAGCAUGGCACCACCAUCAUAUGGGAUCAUGAACCCCAACAUGCACAACGGUCAACAAGACUUGUCUCAGUAUAAUUUCAUUGCCAAUGGGGUGGUGGAUGGUGGUAGCAAUGGCAUGGGAAUGAGUGGUUUGGAUAUGUUUAAUGCUAUAUUGGAUCAAAGUAAGGCCUUGUCGAAGAUCAUAGAGCAGAACAAUCGAAGCAGUACUUAUAAUGGUGUUUUGCAUGCAAUGAAUAAUGGUAGGUCAAGUGGUUCCAUUGAAGUUGGUGGAACUAAAGAGAGUGAAGAUGUGAUGACUUUGGACUUGUUGGGGAUAGGAGGAGGUGGUGGUGGUGGUGGUGAUGGUAAUUUCUAUGGUGGUGAUCAACAGUUAGAAAUGGUUGGUGGAGAUGGAAUAUGGGGAAAUUGGUCAAAUAAGAAUGCAGGGCUUGAAUCAUUUUCAGCAACAAACAGCACCAUAUGAAUGAUACUGACCUUGCUGGGGGGAGGGAAGAAUAAUUUGCAUGUCUCUUCUAUUAUGGAAAUUAAAGGUGGAAUUUUCAGCUUAGUUUGGUUCUAUGAACUAAUUAAUUCCUUUUCGACCAUAUCAAACUAGUAGUACACUGCAGAAAUUAAUCGUCUACACAUUAACACUGAUUGGUUUUCCUGUGACAAAUCAGUGUGUGGACACUUUAAUUUGGUCCCUUAAAUUAGUGUUCAUCAGUAUCUUUAAAUGGCGAAUAAUCAGAAGAAUUGCCCUGCACAUUUAGUUAGUUCAAUGUGCACACUUCGACUUCACAGCAUUUCAAUUUCAGUCAUUCCAUUUUCAUAUCUUAUUAAUAAGAAUGGAAUAUGGCAAUAUGCUGAAAAUUUGUAGCAACGUUAAUUUGUGUAUUAAGUUGGCCAUUUAUGAUAAGACGAUCGAAAUGGUCCAGAUUUAGUUAA